ACUCGGCUGCGGUAUAGCUAAAGGAAAAGUGGCGCCUUCUUGAGCUGCGCUGCGAUCGAUCAUCGACUCUCCAAUCGUUGUGAGAGUACCAUUAGGCUCAGAGCAGCGAUCGGACUUGCUCCGCUGAACUAUCCGAAGUUGUGAAGUCUGCUUGAUGCACGUGUGUCUCGUCAGUCUCAAAGUAGUCAGUCGGAAUCUACUGUGCGGUUCGACAAGAUACGUUCACCUGAGCGCCUUACGAGCAACAUCCUCGAAUAUGCCCCCGGUCGAACCAGUUAAAACUAAGGACGGCUACGAUUAUGACUUCGUCGUCAUCGGCGGCGGUUCAGGAGGUCUCGCGUCGGCGAAAGAAGCGGCGUCAUUGGGUUUGAAAACGGCCGUGCUGAACUACGUCGCCCCGUCUCCCUUCGGAACCACCUGGGGACUCGGUGGCACCUGCGUGAACGUUGGCUGUAUACCCAAGAAGCUUUAUCACCAGGCCGCCAUUCUCGGCGAGGAACUGUCUGAUGCAAGGAAAUACGGAUGGGAAUUUUCGGAAACGGUGACGCACAACUGGUCAACACUCCGCCAGGGCGUAACAAAUUACAUCAAGAGUUUAAACUGGAUUCACCGUGUCUCGUUGCGAAACGCCAAAAUCGAUUACUUCAACAUGGAGGGCUCUUUCGAGGACAGUCAUACGGUCAAAUUGACAAACGCUUCCUCUGGAGAAGUGAAAACAAUCACUUCUAAAUGGUUCCUAAUCUCGGUGGGUGGACGACCCACGAUCCCGGACGAUGUUCCCGGAGCGAGGGAGCACGCCAUCACGUCCGACGACAUCUUCCAUUUGAAAAACGCUCCCGGGAAGACCUUCGUCGUCGGAGGGAGCUACGUAGCACUGGAGUGCGCCGGCUUCCUCACAGGACUCGGGUACGACACGACCGUGUGCCUCCGCUCUAUUCCCCUGAGAGGAUUCGAUCAACAGAUGGCGAAUAUGGUCGCGGACUACAUGGAGAAGCACGGCACGAAAUUCCAGAAGGGUUGCGUGCCUUCUUCGGUGGAAAAACAAGAAGACGGUAAGCUGUUGGUCACUUGGAGAAAUACGCAGACUGGCGAGACAAACAGCGACACUUUCGAUUCCGUUCUCUUCGCCAUCGGACGUCACGCAUUGACGAAAAAUCUCAAUCUCGACGCUGUCGGGGUUAAGACCGAUGCGAAGGGAAAAGUCAUAACGGACGACGAGGAGCGCACGUCGGCCUCGCACAUCUUCGCUUUGGGAGAUGUCCUCGUCGACAAGCCCGAGCUCACUCCCGUCGCUGCACGUACGGGACGACUCAUCGCGCGACGUCUAGCCGGGACAUCGACCGAGAAGAUGAACUACGAUCUCGUAGCCACUACAGUGUUCACCCCCUUGGAAUAUGCUUCGUGCGGUCUCCCCGAAGAAGAGGCUAUCAAGCGUCACGGCGAAGCCAACAUCGAAGUUUGGCAUUCGUUCUACAAGCCGCACACGUUCCCGAUCGCCGAGAAGAGUAACGAGCACUGCUACAUCAAAUACAUCGAGGACUUGAGCAACGGGAACAAAAUCAUCGGAAUGCACCUGGUCGGGCCGAUGGCCGGGGAGAUCAUGCAAGGCUUUGCGGCGGCCAUGAAAUGCGGAAUGAAUCGGAAACAGCUCGAAGAAACUGUCGGAAUCCAUCCUACAAUCGCUGAGGAGGUCGUGAAAAUCGAUGUUACGAAACGAUCUGGCGUGGAUCCUACAUGCGCUAAAUGCUGUGGUUAGACGUUAGAUGCUAUUUUCCGUUCCUAAAGCUUCAACUCGACUGUUAAACCAACAUGUUCGCCUGGUUUCUAUAGGUUUCUUAUGAGCACGUGCGAUUUAAUAAAGUUUCAUCGACGCCACUAAUGAUACCUAAA